AUGUCCAACGUCGAAGACGCCAAGCGCGCUGCCGCUAAGGUCGCCGUCACAAACCACUACCCUAAAGAUGCCCGAUGGGUCGGCAUUGGCAGUGGCACCACCAUUGUGUACGUCGUCGAGGCCAUCAAGGCUCUCGGCGUCGACACCUCCCUCACCCACUACGUGCCCACCGGCUACCAGUCGCGCCAGCUGAUCCUCAAUGCGGGCCUGAUGGCCGUCGAGUUCGAUGCCAUUCCGCCCGGCACAGUCCUGGAUGUGGCCUUUGACGGCGCCGACGAGGUCGACGACGACCUGAACUGCAUCAAGGGCGGCGGCGCGUGCCUGUUCCAGGAAAAGAUUGUCGCCAUGCAGUCCAAGGAGUUUAUUUGCGUUGCAGACUCGCGCAAACUCCAAUCCAACCUCCUCUCCAACUGGAAAUACGUUCCCAUCGAAGUCGCCCCGAUUGCCGCCUACCGCGUCCUGCGCAAGCUCGAAGAACUCGGCAGCGUCAAGCCCGCCAUCCGCACCAGCCUCACCCCCAAAGAGGGUCCCCUCAAAACCGACCAGGGCUUCUUCAUCAUCGACGCCCCCUUCCCGCCACUCCUCAACACAGCCGACAUCGCGGCCGGUAAGACCGGUUCCGGCGCCUGGCAGGUCGAUGCCCUGGCUCGCCACAUCAAGCAGAUUGCCGGUGUGCUCGAGGUCGGUCUUUUCUCUGGCAUGACGGGCCCGCAGGCGCGCUCUGCUGGUGGUGUCGGUGGACAGAGGCCUGUUGCGGCGUACUUUGGGAUGCCGGAUGGGUCGGUGUCGGUGCGGAAGGCGGCUGCUUGA